AUGGCUUCUGACGAUUCUGUGGACUACAAGGCUCUCUUACUACAGGCGGAAGAGCGAGCAAACCGAGAAAGAGAACAACGGCUCCAGGCAGAAGAACGGCAAGCCCAGGCAGAAGAACGGCAAGCCCAGGCAGAAGAACAACUACGACAAGACCAGGAGCACCACCAGAAAACGUCCCUUGAUGAGUUCCUCCGGGAGUGCCAUCGCCUGCUCUCUCUGCCGAUAUGCGUCCAAGACCCGCAGCGCGCCACCAAGGGGGGCAUUCCUGCGCCAACCAACAAGUUCUGUCCAACCUUCCUUCGGCGCUGGACAGACUGCGACGAGACGUUGGCCAACCUGUACCGGGCUGUCUACCACCACCUCCAGCCAGACAGGCUCUUUUCUUCCCUGGCCAUGCUCGAAUACACCGGGCGGAGAUCGCGGCCGCUUGCCAGCGAGAAGGACCUGGAGUUCUCUGAGCGGCUCACUGUAGAGUUGCAUGUUGAGGAUAUCAUUACUGAGCUGUGUCGGAGACCGGCCGCCCGGGCCGCCUUUGAUCUGGGGGAAGGGGUCAUGUUUGAAAACCACCCCAGUGACAUCGAUGAAGAGGAGAGAGCCAACAGGGCAGGCCGACGCCGCCCCAUCCCAGACCAGUUCUGCAUCCACCAGAUUAGAGACGGCAAUGCAACCCUGCUUACUACUGUUGAGUACAAGCCGCCUCAUAAGUUGCAGGUUGAGUACCUCUGCGCAGGUCUGCGGCCGAUGAACCUCUGGGAGGAGGUCGUCCAGCGACCUACUAUCCCAACAGAUACAGAUGAAAAGUUGGUGUAUAACGCUGAGCGGAUAUCAGCAUCUGUUCUAGUCCAGGAAUACCAUGUUAUGAUCACCGAGGGCCUGGAAUACUCGUACAUCACCAACGGGCUAGCCUAUAUUCUGCUCUACAUAGACUACAGAACCCCAGAGACGCUCUACUACCACUUCUGUGUCCCUAACCAGGACGUCAAACCUGGCGAUUCACUCCCGUGGACCUCUAUCGCUCGCGUGCUCUGCAUUUGUCUGAUAAGCUGCAGGUCCGCGCCCCUAGACCAAAACCAACGAAAUGAGAUAUCCCAGGGUCUACAUACAUGGAACAUUGAUUUUAACACCAUACUAGCGGAGAUACCGGAGGAGGAGCUUCGCCAAACCCCACCUGGCUCGGAAUACGUGCCCUCUCCGACUAGUUCUUUUACGGAAAACGACCAUCGACCCAUCACUCGGUCUCAAGCCCGUUGCGCCCCUCAGGACACUGCUACAAAUCAGUUCACAGACCCUGACUCUGAUCACGAUCCCGACCGAGAUCCCCAGCAUGCCGCCCUUGGACGAAAGCGAAAUUUGAGUGAUCUCACAGCGUCUUCAUCGUCGUCCAGCCAACAGCAGGAGUCGCAUCGGUCGGGAGGGGCGGGCCAGAGAGGCCAUCGCCACCAGCAGCGAUACCAGCAUACUGCAGAAUUCUGCACUCAGCAGUGCUUGCUCGGCCUCCAGCGCGGAGCCAACCUCGACAGUAACUGUCCAAAUAUCGACCAGCACAGACAAGGCAAUGAUAGUUCUGACCGUCACCCAAUCAGUGCCGACCAUCUAGUCCGCCUCAUAAACCAGCAGUUGGAUAAGGAUUUAAACCAUAACUGCACACCAUUCGGCUUCCGUGGUGGAUAUGGACAGCCCUUCAAAGUCACCUGUCGCGAGUAUGGCUACACAGUCGUUGGAAAGGGAACAACCGACCUCCGCUGGGAUGAGGUACGGCGUGAAACGGAAGUAUAUCGCGUCCUCUACACGGUCCAGGGGUCUGCUGUCCCAGUUUUUCUCGGCCCUAUUGAUAUGAAGAUGACAUACCAUGUGCACGGCGCGGGCUCGAUUAGGCAUAUGCUGCUCAUGGGCUGGGGAGGACAGGAAAUAGAUCAGGUUGAGUAUACCAAGGAGCUAGCUGGCCACAUUAAGCGCUCCAGAAGACAGCUCCUCAAUCUUGGCGUGGUCCAUGGUGAUUUAAGGGACAGCAACAUGCUAUGGAAUUCGGAGCUCCAGAAGGUUUUGAUAAUCGAUUUUCAUCGCUCGAGGCUCAUCCUUCCCACGAGAAAUGGGAAGACUAAAUCCUUGAAGCAUUCGGCUGACGACGUCAAGAGGAGUGGUACUGGGAAGAGAGCUAGAGCCAGUCUGCGUGAGAUACUGCCAUCGGAGUGCUGA